AACUUGUUGACGCGUAAUAAAUGUGUCUGUGCUGAAUUAUUCAAGAAUUUCUUAAAACGGCCCUUUCAAACGUGAAUAUCGUCAUGGCGAUGGAAUACAGCAAAGAGCAGCUCAACUACUACAGGAUUUGUUACGUUGUCACUGAUGUAUUAACUGAUGGUCUGCGAAUAAUCUUCAAACAAGAAUGGGACAAUCGCUACGGUGCAACAACGUCAGGGGAAUGGAAGGAUGAACCAAGAAAUGGAGUGGACUUUCAAAACAAGGAAUCUACUCAGAAGCAAAAAAGAAAUGCGCAUCUCCUUACAACCAUGAUUGGUGGAAACAGAGCAGAAUGGGAUUGUACGAUGCUUUUCUACGCUAUUCUUUUCUCAGAUUGUAUUGACAAACUCAGCCCAGUUGUCAGAUCAAAUGUCGAUGCCCUCAGAAAGGUUCGAAAUGAAGAUUUUGCGCACAUGUCGGAAGGAAAUCUUUCAGACCUGCAGUUUACAGACAUCAUUAGCAAAGUUCACACUGCAUUUCAAGCGCUCGGUCUUUCCACAAUGAAAAUUCAAGAGAUUAAGAGUCAAACGAGCUUUCCCACGGAGGAACUCCAGGAGAAGGAGCACGAAAGACAGGUCCUUGAGGAUCAGUUAAAUAAUGAUAUCUUCCCCUUCUGUGUCCUCCCUCCUAAACCCUCACAUGACGUAACAAGUCGCGACCGAGAGGUGGCCGAAAUAAUGCAACAGCUUAGAGAACUUAAAACAGCAAAUAAAGACAGGUUAAGUUACCUUUACAUCUCCGGAAAUCCUGGAAGUGGAAAGUCUCAACUAGCGGGUCUUGUGACUGAACGAUUCUACAGAGAAAUUAAAGAUCUUCCGGAUGGUACCUCAUUUGUGAUGACGAUAAAUGGUGAAAGUCCAGAUACUGUGCUACAAUCGUAUGUGGCUUUUUCACGGCGUCUUAAGUGUCCCGAGUACGCGGUGACAACCACCCUCCAUUCAGAGGACUUGACAACAAAUGAGAAAAUCACCAAUCUUAGGGCAUUGAUCGGAACGAAAAUUGGGCUUUAUACAUCUUGGCUGCUCGUAGUUGAUAAUGUCGCGAGUCUAUCACAUGUGCAUGUCCAUCUACCCGAAGCCGAAAAUGAGAUGUGGGCAAGAGGCCAGUUGCUUAUCACAACUCAAGACAGUGGGUCAAUUCCUCAAGCAAGUUCCUUCAACAAACACAUCUCAAUAAGCAACGGAAUGAAUCUUGAUGAUGUCAGUUGUUUAUUGGAAAAGCUCUCAGGAAUCACGGACAAAGAGAUGGAAAUCAAAGUUGCUCAGGCGUUGGACUACCAGCCUCUCGCCUUGGCAAGUGCCGCCACUUAUGUCAGAGAAGUUCGACAGACAUCUAAUUUUGGCUGGAAAGACUAUCUUGCAAAACUUGAAACAGGCCAAAGAAAUGCCAUGGAGACAUUUCUUGCCGAAGUCAACCCAAGCUAUGCAAAGUCCAUGACCACAGCAACAACACUGGCCGUAGAAACAGCUAUGGAAUCCAACAAAAUUAUGCAUCACGCCUUUAAUUUCCUGUCCCUGUGUGCACCACAACCAUUAAGUCUUAAUAUCAUUGAAGACUUUAUCACAAGUGUGGAUAAAGAAAUUCAAGACAAAGAGAUGAUUCGUUUGAAGAUACAAAGGUGCUCCCUGCUGAUGUUUGAAAGAGACGAAACUGACGUUUACAUUCGUGUGCAUCAGGUUGUACAUAAUUCUAUUAAGACUUUGGCUGCAGCUCAUUCGGAUGAUAAGCACAACGAGGUCGUCAGUGGAGUGAUUGGAUCAUUCAGUCGUUUUGUAGAAAAAUGUCCAUCAAGGGACAACGACGAGUUCUUUGCUCUAAUAAACAGCAGACAUGUUACUCAUUUGAUAAAUUUAGCCCGAGAACUUGAGAGAUAUUUUUCUAAGAAGGUUAUUUCUCAAGUCGACCAAGGUGGCUUUUUGAUCAAGAACCAUGUUGCAAAUUCUUACAAUAGCCUGGGUAUUGUACACAAAAAGCUGGGUGACCUGAGUCAGGCAAAGGAUUAUCAUGAUCGUGCACUGGCCAUUCGUCUGAAAAAGCUUGGACCUGACCAUGUUCACGUUGCAAAUUCUUACAAUAGCCUGGGUGUUGUACACGGAAAGCUGGGUGACCUGAGUCAGGCAAAGGAUUAUCAUGAUCGUGCACUGGCCAUCCGUCUGAAAAAGCUCGGACCUGACCAUGUUGCGGUUGCAAAUUCUUACAAUGGCCUGGGUAUUCUACACGGAAAGCUGGGUGACCUGAGUCAGGCAAAGGAUUAUCAUGAUCGUGCACUGGCCAUCCGUCUGAAAAAGCUUGGACCUGACCAUGUUGACGUUGCAAAUUCUUACAAUAGCCUGGGUAUUGUUCACGAAAAGCUGGGUGACCUGAGCCAGGCAAAGGAUUAUCAUGAUCGUGCACUGGCCAUUCGUCUGAAAAAGCUUGGACCUGACCAUGUUGCCGUUGCAAAUUCUUACAGUAGCCAGGGUAUUGUACACGAAAAGCUGGGUGACCUGAGUCAGGCAAAGGAUUAUCAUGAUCGUGCACUGGCCAUUCGUCUGAAAAAGCUCGGACCUGACCAUGUUGACGUUGCAAAUUCUUACAAUAGCCUGGGUAUUGUACACGGAAAGCUGGAUGACCUGAGUCAGGCAAAGGAUUAUCAUGAUCGUGCACUGGCCAUUCGUCUGAAAAAGCUUGGACCUGACCAUGUUGAGGUUGCAAAUUCUUACAAUAGCCUGGGUAUUGUAUACAUAAAGCUGGGUGACCUGAGUCAGGCAAAGGAUUAUCAUGAUCGUGCACUGGCCAUUCUUUUGAAAAAGCUUGGACCUGACCAUGUUGACGUUGCAAAUUCUUACAAUAGCCUGGGUAUUGUACACGAAAAGCUGGGUGACCUGAGUCAGGCAAAGGAUUAUCAUGAUCGUGCACUGGCCAUUCGUCUGAAAAAGCUUGGACCUGACCAUGUUGACGUUGCAAGUUCUUACAAUAGCCUGGGUAUUGUACACGGAAAGCUGGGUGACCUGAGUCAGGCAAAGGAUUAUCAUGAUCGUGCACUGGCGAUUCGUCUGAAAAAGCUCGGACCUGACCAUGUUGACGUUGCAAACUCUUACAAUAGCCUGGGUAUUGUACACAAAAAGCUGGGUGACCUGAGUCAGGCAAAGGAUUAUCAUGAUCGUGCACUGGCCAUUCGUCUGAAAAAGCUUGGACCUGACCAUGUUGAGGUUGCAAAUUCUUACAAUAGCCUGGGUAUUGUACACAAAAAGCUGGGUGACCUGAGUCAGGCAAAGGAUUAUCAUGAUUGUGCACUGGCCAUUCUUCUGAAAAAGCUUGGACCUGACCAUGUUCACGUUGCAAGUUCUUACAAUAGCCUGGGUAUUGUACACGAUGAGCUGGGUGACCUGAGUCAGGCAAAGGAUUAUCAUGAUCGUGCACUGGCCAUUCUUUUGAAAAAGCUUGGACCUGACCAUGUUGACGUUGCAAAUUCUUACAAUAGCCUGGGAAUUGUACACGGAAAGCUGGGUGAACUGAGUCAGGCAAAGGAUUAUCAUGAUCGUGCAUUGGCCAUUCGUCUGAAAAAGCUUGGACCUGACCAUGUUGAGGUUGCA